AUGAGCUCUUCAAAUAUACAAACGAAUUCGUUGUCGGAGCGCGGUGCACGACCGCACCCUGGCCCUGCGACCAACCGCAGAACGGGAUAUGCGAACGUAGCGAGGUGGAUGGCUCUUGAUACCGAUAGCGAGACCCACAUCUACCGCAAGUUCGACGAGCUUGCUGUCCGGAAUCUCUUGUACUAUCAAUCAGAGUUGCUAACGUUGAUGGCACAACUUGAUGCUCUUGACGAGACAGACGCGAAUACCGAUGACAUGGAUCUCAGGGACGCUGCAAUGACAUGGGAAACACUGGAAAGUCGACUUGCUUCGAACGACGAUGGAGCAAAGUCACGCAUGAAUCUUAUAAGAAGAAUGAAGCAUUGA